AUGGUCCGCUCGUUCCACAAGGUCGUCUACAAGCCCGACUCGCAGUCGACUGACGAGUUUAUGAUGAUUGUUAACCAGGACGAGUACCAGAAGUGGAUCAAGGGCGACAAGACGAUCCCGCUCACCGAGGUCGUCGACAGCUUCCAGGUCUUCCACACGGGCCAGGGCGCCCAGGGCAUCAUGGGCCAGCCCUCGAAGCAGCAGCUCGACACCGUCUUUGGCACCCACAAGGACGACGAAGUCGCCAAGAUUCUCCUCGAGCGCGGUCAGCUCCAGUCUGCCAACGCAAAGGAGGGUUACUCUUCCACCAACGACAGCAAGCAGGGCGUCAACACCAUCUCGGCCGGCUCCUACUCUGGCGGCGGACACGGCGGCCGCUAA